UGGCCUUGCACUUGAACCCCACCGUCCCUGACAAAUCCGACAGUAACGCCGAUUCUUAGCUGCAGAGAUAAAGAGAUGGAGUGCCCCAGCUGCUUGGCGUGUAACUCUCAAGCCUCCUUCAUCCGUCCAUACUCCAUCCGCUAGAUACCCUAUUUCCCCCCGCAACAAUGGCCUCCCACCCUCCCGGAAAGUGCUGCACUGUCGGUGUCAAGCACGAAGGCGAAGCUACUGGCAAGAUCGAGAAGAUCGCUGGCAUCAACUCCUACGUCGCCUACCCCGCCGACAAGAGCACGCAGAACGCCGUCCUGAUCCUGACCGACAUCUUCGGCCAUGAGCUCAUUAACGCGCAGCUCAUCGCGGACCAGUUCGCCGCCAACGGCUACUACACGGUGGUGCCGGACCUGUUCAACGGCGACCCGGUCCCCUGGAACAAGCCCGACGACUUCGACCUCAUGGGCUGGCUGGGCGGCCACUCGACGCAGCACGUCGACCCCAUCAUCGAGGCCGUCAUCAAGGAGAUGCGCGGCUCGCUGGGCGUCAAGCGCAUCGGCGCCGCCGGCUACUGCUUCGGCGGCAAGUACGUCUGCCGCUUCCUCAAGGAUGGCAAGAUCGAUGUCGGCUACACGGCGCACCCUAGCUUCGUCGACGCCGACGAGCUCAAGGGCAUCCAGGGCCCUCUCGCCAUUUCCGCUGCCGAAACCGACGGCAUCUACCCCGCCGAGAAGCGCCACGAGACCGAGGCCAUCCUCACCGAGAUGAAGGCUACCUACCAGCAGACGCUCUACUCGGGCGUCGAGCACGGCUUCGCCGUCCGCGCCGACAUCUCCAAGAAGCACGUCAAGUUCGCCAAGGAGCAGGCCUUCUGCCAGGCCGUGUGCUGGUUCGACGAGUUCGUCAAGGCCUAAAUUACCCUCUGACGACAUCGCCGCCACCGCUGUCGGAGUCGGAGUCGGAGUCGGAGUUCGGUUAUAACGCCCGACUGGCGCGCGAAUGGGUUAAUUAGACGAGAGGAAAACUAGAUGGAGAAUGGACUGGAAAGGACAUCCAAAGAAUAAAGAAUAAUAAUAAUCCACUACAAAUACACUGCACUCAUGACAAAGACAAUGGAGGGUAGAGAAUAGACAGGUGGACGUCAGACGUUGCCGCCGUGAGAGAGCCGCAGUGGUUAGUGCGCAGCAAUUCCGUGGUC